GUCAGACGGCAAAAGAGGAGACACCAGGGUUAUAUUCUGACAGUAAUCUGUGAAGCCUUCUUUUUAUUUUUCAUCAUGGAAGGAUCAAAUGAAACGAGGAUUGUCCUUCUGGGUAAAACAGGCUCCGGGAAGAGCAGCCUUGGAAACCUCAUUCUGGGAGAUCAGCGCCUGGAGGUCAAAUCAUCUCCUGAGUCUGAAACACAUGGAUGUCAAGUAACAUCUGCAGUAAUCAAUGGCAAGUACAUCAAAGUGAUUGAUACUCCUGGAUUCUUUGAUACAAACAUGUCUGAAGAGAAACUGAAGCGUGAGAUACUGAAAUGUAUGGCAGAAUGUGCUCCUGGACCUCACGCUUUUCUCAUUGUGCUGGAAGUGGGCAGAUACACAGACCAGGAGAAAGAAAUAAUCCACAAAGUACUGGGAUAUUUCUCAGAGGAAGCUCUCCAACAUGCUGUAGUUGUCUUCACACAUGGAGACCAGCUGGAGGAAGGAAAGACAAUUGAGGACUUUACUUCUCGAAGUAAGAGUCUGCGUGAUGUGGUGAAGAAGUGUGGAGGCAGGUGUCAUGUUGUUGAUAAUAAAUACUGGAACAACAACAACCAUGGUGACUACAAGAACAACCAGUUCCAGGUGGAACAGCUUCUCAACACCAUAGAAAGAAUGAAAUGGCAAGGUUACUACAGCAAUGAAAUUUUGGACAGAGUGGAGAGAGAGAAAAGGAGGACCAAAGGAAGCAUUAUUGAUAGACUUCUGUCUAUGUUUCGUACCUUAACAGCAUCUGAAAUAUUGCAGAGAUUCUUUGGAUGUGUUGCGGGAUGUUUUCGAAGAAGGAGGUCUUCAACAUCAGAGGACGAACAUCUGCUAAAUGAUUUUGAAACUUUCAGUCUUGAUGGGAAACAGGGGGCCAGCUCCUCUUUCUCACAAAGCAGACGACGCAAACCAUAAGAAACAAGAAACAGCCGUAAUCUGCCUAGGUCAAAAUUACACUAGGUAGUGUAUCGUGUUAUAUGAAGAAAAAGUUUAGUUGAUAGUGAUCUUUAUUCUACAAUAAAUUACAUUGUACAGCUGUCAGUGGACAAACAGUUUCUCCAAAACAGAACAUGUGAUUAUUUGAGACUAUUAUCAACCUAUUAAUGCCUUUCAGUUUAAGAUGCUGUUAAUUACAUACAUAAAUAAAUCUUUGAUUCAAAGACCUUGUUGUUAAUAAUACUAAAUAUAAUGUAGCUAUUUGACAGGUUCAUGUGUGGUUGAUUUUUUUCUGAUAAUACUUUGUUGUUGAUUCAGCAACUGCAUCAGUGUAGCUCUUUUUUAAUCAUUCAAAUCAAUCAGAAUAAGUGUUCCUUUAUUGAUCCCUCAUGGGGAAAUGAUUUCCCCAUUUGACCAUCUAUCCUUCAAUAAGUGAUAAUAAUGAUAGUAGUAAUAAUGAUAAUAGUGAUAAUAAUUUGGGGGGUAGGUGCUUUCACCAGUAGGCUACAGCUUUUAUGGUAACUGGUCUUUAAUUGUUGUAAACUUUGUUGCAAAAUUACAAGUGUUGGAAUUUGGAUGAAAGUGAUUGUGUGUUCUUUUUCAAAGCAUCUUCAUGUCCAAACAAAACAUAUAUACUGUACAUAUAUGUCCAUAUAAUAUAUAUAGACUGUUUGUAUUCAUAAAAUAUGUGGACAACUAAUGCUUCAAAUAAAAC